AUGUCUUCACCGCCAGGUCCGGGAGGAAUCUCUGGAAACGUACGCCAUCAAUCUCCACUUCUAUCACCAUGUUCACCCCAAACUGGUCUACCAAUACAACAACUUUUCUCUGGAACAAGCACAGCCACUGCCUCCCCAAUUCUCUCCCCUAGAAGGCUUACAAACACGCUUCUAAUGGUGCAUCUGCCGUUUGGUUUGCAUUCAAAAGUAGAAGUGCGGACGGGAGAAACAGCUCGUGAUGCAAUUUCGAGGGUUUUGCGAAAGCGGUGCAUACAACCGUCGUUUUGUCAUGUUAGCAGCUCGCCAAAUCCACGAGAUGAACGUUUGGAUCUUCAAGAAGAAAUGGAAUCAAUUGCAAGUCGCCUUCCCAAAAAGGAACUUUGGGUGCAUAGUGAGUACCUGGACACAAUUAGCCGCAUCGAGCACACUUUUCAGAGGAAAACUUUCAUUCCACCCCAAACAUGCGAUGCUUGCAAAAGGCAGAUGUGGAUUGCGUAUCGGUGCGAAUAUUGCAAUGUAAAGUUUCAUCAGCGUUGCAGCUCGAAAAUUCCCAUUUACUGUGAUCUUCUACAACGUGGAGGAGAGGAAAUUUUCAACAAACUGAGAAUUCUAUGCACAAACAGCAAUAACGGACAGUUAGCAGAAGAAAUAUUGACCAAAUUUGUUGAGCCCACAUCACCGUCAGUACAAGUUCCACAACAUAGUCCAGGAGAGCGUGAGAUUCAAAGAAAACGAGCUGUGAAACGCACACAAGCGCCAAAUGUUGCAAGCAUCGUUUCGCCAGCUAAUCCAUCAUUACCAACUGUACCAUAUCCACGCGAUCGAUCAAGUUCGGCACCGAAUAUCAACGCCAUCAAUGAAGAGAAUGCUAGUUUUGAAACUGAGCGUAUUAUGGCCGACCUCGAAAAGCGUGAUGACGUAAAGAUUCCAAGUUCUUCGCGUAUUCAAACUGGGGCUCAGCGUCGUCUUGGGAAUCGCCUCCAAGCUAUGGGCGGGUCUCCUUGUUCCUCGACAUCACCUUCCUCUACUUGCUCUUCACCACCGGCCCAUUCUUUACAUCCAUCGCACCUAUUUCCAAAUGCUAUGCCUUUAACACCGCCCCAAAGUGCGCCACCACAAAAGGUCUCUAUUCACUUUUUCCGAGGUCGGAGUAAGAGCCCGGGAGACAAGCUUGAUGUUAUUUCAAUCUUGGGGAGGCCAAAAUCAAAGAAAGUUCUUGAAGAAUGGGAGAUUGAUGAAAGCCAAGUAACUCUGCAUUGCAAAGUUGGAUCGGGCUCGUUUGGAACCGUAUUCAGGGCUGAGUACUUUGGAUUGGUUGCUCUCAAACGAUUGAAUGUGGCUGAGCCAAAUCUUUCGCAGCUACAGGCUUUUAAAAACGAAGUUGCGCUCCUGAAAAAAACUCGUCAUCCAAAUAUCUUGAACUUUAUGGGAUGGAUCAGAGAACCUCAAUUGGCAAUUGUAACUCAAUGGUGCGAGGGCAGCUCGCUUUACAAACACAUACAUUGCAUUGAGCCUCGGAAAGAGUUCGAACUUCAAACAGUUCUGGAUAUUUUUAAACAAGUGGCUCUUGGAAUGAAUUUUUUGCAUAGCAAGCGGAUCAUUCACAGAGAUUUGAAAUCUAACAACAUCUUCUUAACUGAUGACUCGACUAUCAAAAUUGGAGACUUCGGACUGGCAACUGUUAAAACAAGAUGGAGUGGGACGCAACAAAAUCAGCAACCAACUGGUUCAAUACUUUGGAUGGCGCCUGAAGUGAUACGAAUGCAAGAUCAAAAUCCAUACACUAACAAGAGUGACAUAUACUCGUUCGGUGUGGUAAUGUACGAAGUUCUAUCUGGUCAAUUGCCGUACACAAAUAUCAAUAAUCGCGAUCAGAUUUUGUUUAUGGUUGGCCAUGGAUUCCUUCGACCUGAUCCAUCGAGGAUACGGCCUGAUUGCACCCGAGCGCUGCGGGAAUUGUUUGAACGAUGUAUUAAGCUUAACAGAGAUGAUCGGCCGGAGUUCGGAGAGUUGAGCAACUCUUUAAAAGACAUCGCUUUGCCAAAACUUUCUUGUUCAACUUCGAUGCCUAAUCUUCAUUUUGGUGGUGGAGGCAACAGUUCUGACCUUUCGAUUCAUGGUCGAGAUGAUUAUGCAUUGCAUCGGUUCAACGAUACACAUGCUCUCAACACUACGCAUAUUGGACACAUGGUC